AUGGUAGAAUAAGCAUGUCUAUCCUGGACACUUACUGUUGUUAUAUAAACUGUUGACACUCACCGUUGUAAGUAAAUCUUGAACGGACCUUUGGCGGACUAGUGUCAUCAUUAUGUACGGAGCAUCGUACAAGGGGGAGCCGAUUCAGCAGGAGGACAACUACAAAGAUUUCUGCGAAACAAUCAUCGACGGUGGUCUCAAACAUGCCUAUUAUAAAAAAGAAGAUCCAUUUUACAAAGGCGAGUACUACCGAACGAAAGUCUCCACCGACAAGAAACGGAAGGUAACCAUCAUUGGUGGCGGAAUAGCAGGUCUCGUUACGGCAUUUGAACUUGCACAGAUCGGACACGAGGUGCAGAUUUUGGAACUCCAAUCCCGAGUGGGUGGAAGGAUCAAGACAUGUAGGGAAAAGUUUUUCGAUGGGUUGCACAGCGAAGGUGGCGCCAUGCGUAUACCAAGGAAUCACUUCCUAACACACGCCUACCUGGACAAGUUUGACAUUGAAUUGAGACCGUUCCAAAACUACCAGGAAAAUGCUUACAUGUAUCUCUAUGGCAACAAAAUAACAGUAAAAGAAUUUUCAGAAAACAAUAAGAAGUACUGUGACCUGUAUUGGCCUGGUUGGGAUGCAAAUCUCCCAAGCGAUUUAAAAAAAGAAGUUACAGGUGUUUUGGACUACUUCGAGCGAACAACGGCCCCCGUGAUGGAACAUAUAAGAAAUAACCACACCAUUGACGGCUGGAAUGAUUGGUUAAAGACAUGGAGCAAGCUUUCGGUUGAGGACUUCCUGAGGACAGACCCAAAAGACUUACUGAGGACCACAGACCCAAAAGACUUCCUGAGGACCACAGACCCAAUAGACAAACUGCUGCGUCCUUGGCUCCCUUGGCCUGAAGUUGCUAUCAAUGCCUAUAAGGUAGCAUCAUACUCCCCGAUGUUGGACAGUUCGUUGGUGUUUUGGCUACGCGAGACACUAGGUCACUGGUGGGCAAAGCGUCUCCAGACACCUGUGGAAGGAAUGGACACUCUUCCAAAGGCCUUCCUUCGAAAAAACAAUGGCUACCAUAAAGACAUCAAUCUUUCAAGGAAAAUUUUCUUCAACAUGAAAGCAGAGAAGAUCGAGGUAUCUGAAAAAGGUCGAGGCAGGACAACGACCGUUUUCGCCAGGAACGUUACCAAUGGUCAGCAGUACAAGUUCCACGGUGAUGCUGUUUUUGUAACUGUCCCCUUACACAUUCUGAGAGACAUCGAGAUGCCAAAGCUCCUCACACCGCAGCUGAGUGAUGCAAUCAGUGACAUGAACUACACUGCAUCCACAAAGAUAAUGCUACAGUCAAGAGAAAGGUUCUGGGAAAAACAAGGUAUUAUUGGAGGCUUCAGCAAGACCAACAUGACAAUAGGCCAGUUGCACUAUCCCGGUUACGAGACCGGCCAGGAAGACGAGGACGAAAAGGAGAAAGAGAACGAGGAGAACGACGGUGUCGACGAGGGUGACAAGGACAAAGACGACGAGAAAGACGACGAGGACGACCACGUUUCUGAAGAUAAAAGAGGCAUACUGAUGGUUUACACAUGGGGCACUGAUGCUCUAAUACUUGGCUCACAGACGCACCAAGAAGCUAUUCAGACCGCUGUCAAUCAAAUCAGCAAAAUCCAUCCAGAAUUUAUCGAUGACAAUCAGUUUGAAGUUGCAAUGGUACAAGCUUGGGAAAACGACCCGUCGGCACAAGGAGCUUUUGUCAGUCUGAAGCCACACGAGUAUCUCGAUAACAUGAAAACCAUCUUCAAAUCCAGUCCACCUGUCUAUUUCGCAGGGGAAGCGAUCUCUUGGGCGAAUGGAUGGAUUCAGGGUGCGAUAUUCUCUGCUUUGCUACAAGCUUUCCGUUUCCAAGCUCACUUGGAAGUCCCUCAAAAUAACCUAGAAGCGUUGAUGUUUGACAAUAAGUUUACCAGAUUUUCUUCACCAAAGCCUCCACACGAUGGACGUGGCAAGAAACGUUCCCAAAGAGAUAUACCAAGUCAGCAAACAGGGGUACCAAAUAAGAAAAGAAAGUAACGACAUAGUACAUUGAGUUACUACCAAACACUAUGAGAUUGAGUUAUGCCUCUCAACUACCGCAUACACUUCUUAUGACCUUCCUCAACAACUAUAUUUCAAUCAGUAAUAUAAAACAAUAACAUGUUUCUUACAUUUAUUCCUUUAUCGCCAAUUUACACGCAUAUACACAUUGAAUACAUAUUUUUAUCGUAAAAACAUAAGCCUAUUGCAAAUAAAGCAGUUUAUUUAUUUUAUCGUCAAAUACAAUGCUCUUAUAUAAUUAAUCGUCAUUUUCCCCUGUAAUACCUAUGAAAUCGCAUUGAGACAUAAUAGUUCAUACAUUAAAAGCUUUCUUGUAUACGUACAUUACUUACAUAAAUAUAUCGUGUUUUUCUUGUAAUUAUUAUUAAGACACAGGUGCAUCUCAGUCGGAUUCAACACCACUGAAAAGCCAGUGAAAUCAAAAAGACAAUGUAGAAAUAAAUGAGUGUACAUGUAUAGUAAAGACAUUAUUGAUACAAGUUUGACGAAUCUUGAAUUACAUAAUCUUAAUUUCUAGCUCGUGUUUUUUACCCCUCUCUUACAAUACUACUUUAAGAAGUGAAAACAAGUUUAACCUUUUUACUUUAGAUUGCUUGGAUCUCAUAAUACAUGUGUCAAGUUUAUCAUUAAAAUUUCAAGAUACAUAUG